AUGCGUGUGUCCUUCCUCGGCCUGAUCGUGCCCUUCGUGGCCUUCCUCUCCGUCCUGGUCGGAGCGGGUGCGCAUGACAAACCGCCAGCGGUCAUCCUGGUGCCAGGCGCCUUCCACCGGCCCAAUGUCUACUACAAAGCCAUGCAGAUCCUGAGGCGAGACCGGUACCGCGACCUGUUCACCAUCCACCUGCCCUCGCUUGGAACCCUCGAAGGCCGCCAGGCCGACGUCAACGUCGUCCGCUCCUUUCUUUCACAGCAGCUCAACAAGGGCAAGGACGUCCUCCUUGUGGGCAACAGCUAUGGCGGCACCGUCAUCGGCGAAGCGGUGAAGGACUUCAUCUCCUUCUCCAGCGUCUCAACUACCCCUACCCCGCCUGGUAAGGGCCGUAUCCUCGGGCUCAUCUUCCUCUCGGGCUACAUACCCUACAUCACCGAGGUCACGCAGCCGCAGACACGCCCGGACAUCAAGACCGUCUCACCUUCCUUCUUCCGCUUCAACGAGACCGGAAGGGUGUUCUGGGACAACGAUCUGGAGAACUACCCCCCGAGCAAAACCUUCUACAACCUGCUGUCGGCCAAGGACGCGCAGUUCUGGUCUAGCAGACUCGACUUCUCGGCCUUCGCAGCGCUCAACGCGACCGCGACAUAUAUCCCUUACACGGGCGACUUCAAGUGCGUGUAUGCCGUCGGCCUGCAGGAUAAUUCGAUCCCGCCGGCGUUCGCGUAUACAUUCAUCAACCAGCCUGGUGCAAACUUCACGGUCGAGACGCUGAACAGCGACCACAUUUCGCCGCUGAGUGUGCCGUACGACGUUGCUGGGCUGAUCAAGAAAUAUUCGGAGUAG